AUGAGACAGACUGGUGAUCAAAAUGAUGAAAGCACUCUUCGCUCUUGGAUUCGUUGUCGAGUUGGUGGCGGCCUUGCCCCAGGUUGUCACCCCAGCCCCUACUGGCCAAGCAUGCUCGUAAGUGCCAUCCUUCCGCUUUCGAGAUUCCAGAAAACCAACACGACGUUCAGGACGAGAACCCGUACCCAGCUUGGAAUUGAAGCGACCAUCACCAAUUACCCCGAAUUCGUCUCGUCAAUGGACCAGCAUUGGUCGACCUCAGGAGUUCCGUUCUCAGGGACAGAACGUGUGAUUGUCUACACGUCUCUUGAAACAUUCGACGGUGGCAGCUUCACAGGCUACUACACGUACGACAUCAAUGCCUUGCGCAGCGCGGGAUAUACCAUCACAACCAGCACCCAGGUGUCUGUAUCAUGCUAUCCCACAGCGACCAGCUCGGCGGUUGGUGAAUGCGAGCCGCAUGGUGAUCACUGGCACUGUCCCCCAGGAGUAUCAGAGCCAAUUACGCCUCCUUCCCCGCAGCCCCAUACUACUCACUCGGCUCCUAGCUCCGGGGAGUGUGAGGCUCACGAUGACCACUGGCACUGCCCUCCAGGAGUUACAGAGCCUACUACCCCCCCAGCUCCAUCAUCAACUCCUGUCCCCACCACCCCUGGCUCGGACGAGUGCGAAGCGCACGGUGAUCAUUUGCAUUGUCAUGAUGGCGUGCCAGAGCCAACGACGCCCCCACCCGUCAUAACUCCUACGCCGACAUCGUUCAGCUCAGUGACAGCAUCGACCUCAUUCACUCGCACAGCAUCCGACGCGCCUGUCGUUACGGCUGGUGCAGACGCCAAGACCAGAGUCGGGAGUCACUUUUUAGUAUUAGCUGCAGGGGUACCGUUUGUAUUUGGGAUGAUGUGA